GCCGAGGCGGAGAAGUCCAAGAGGACAGCCCUGGCCAGCAACCGCCUCAAGACCACCAAAUACACGGCACUCUCCUUCCUGCCCAAGAACCUCUUUGAGCAGUUCCACCGCCUGGCCAACGUCUACUUCGUGUUCAUCGCGCUCCUCAACUUCGUGCCGGCCGUCAACGCCUUCCAGCCGGAGCUGGCCUUGGCUCCCGUGCUCUUCAUCUUGGCGGUCACUGCCAUCAAGGACCUGUGGGAGGAUUACAGCCGGUACCGCUCCGACAAGGAGAUCAACCACAUGGAGUGCCUGGUGUACAGCAG